AUGGAUCUCAACCGAGAACAUUUUCGCGCCAUAAUUUAUUACAACUUUCAUAGACAAUUAUCGCAACAAGAAUGCCUUGCUGAGUUACUGUCUGUUUUCGGCAACGAAGCGCCACAUCAGUCGACAAUUUCCCGUUGGUAUGGAGAAUUCAAACCUGGAGGGGUGAGUCUUAGCGACCAUUCCAGUGUGGGUGCACCAAAAAUGGCAGUCACCCAGGAAAACGUUGAUGCUGUGCGCAAACUCAUCAUUGAAGAUAGACAUGUGACAUAUCUCGAGAUUGAGGCAAAAUUAGUUUCUCGUUGGAUGCCCCACCUGUUGACUGAAGAGCAGAAAGCAGCCAGGGUUAAUUGGUGUCAAAAAAUGCUUGACCGUUUCAAUUCCGGAAACUCAAAAAAUGUGUACAGCAUUGUUAGUGAUGAAGAAUCGUGGAUUUACUGUUAUGAACCAGAAAAUAAACGACAGUCGGCUGUUUGGGUGUUCCAAGGUGAAGAAAAGCCAACAAAAGUCAUCCGUUCUCGAAGUGUUUCGAAAAAGAUGCCUAUUGUGUCAAAAGCAGGUCAUAUUGCAACAAUUCCUCUUAACGAGCAAAGAACUGUUACUGCGGAUUGGUAUACCACCAUUUGUUUGCCAAAAGUCAUCACCGAGCUUCGAAAAAUAAACCCCGAAAGAAGAAUCAUCCUCCACCAAGACAAUGCAAGCUCGCACACAGCCCAAAAAACAAGGCAGUAUUUAACGAAAGAAAACGUGGAAUUUUUGGACCGUCCUCCAUAUAGUCCCGAUCUAUGUCCUAACGAUUUCUUUACUUUCCCAAAAAUUAAAAACAGACUGCGUGAAGAAGCAGUUGACGCAUUCAAAAAUGCCUCGUAUUCGAUUGAAGACCGCAUUAAAGUUAUUCAAGAGCACUACAAAAAUGGUGCAAAAAUAAAAAACACGUUUCGCGCGCUUCGUGAACAUUUCGGUCGCAACAACCGCCCAAACGAAACAACCAUCGCCAUCGGUCGUCUGGUGCGUAAAUUCGAGGCAACAGGUUCUGUGGCAAAUGUGCCAGGCUCUGGCCGGCCAAGGAGCGUUCGCACACCGGAAAAUAUUGCUGUUGUGAAGGAGAGUGUGAGAGACGAUCCGAAACAAUCAACAACGCGUCGAUCCCAAGAAUUGGGCAUUUCGAGCACCAGUUUGCUCCGCAUUCUCCACAAGGAUUUGAAUGUACACGCCUACAAGAUCCAAUUGACGCAAGAGCUGCACGGUGCAACAUGCCACACAACCAACGUCAAUAUCCAUCGAUGGCAGUCCUUCUUCGGUGAUCGCGUGAUUUCGCGCAGAGGAAAUGUGCCAUGGCCACCAAGAUCGUGCGAUUUGACUCGCUUGGACUUCUUUUUAUGGGGAUAUUUGAAAAGCAAAGUCUACGUCAACAAACCAGCCACUCUCCAAGAACUCAAAAACAACAUCAUUGCCGAGAUAAAUGCCAUAGAACCAACCAUGUUGCAAAAUGUCAUUGAAAAUUUCGAUCAUCGCGUGGACGUCUGUAAAUCCAGUCGUGGUGAACAUUUGAGCGAUAUUAUUUUUCAUACAUAA